AACCUCCAGCUUCCCAUGGCACCUGUCCCUCCCUGAGGAAGGGCACCCAAAUCACCUCCAGUGUCCUGCUGACACAGUCCUGCAGCUCUGGGCUGCUGCUGGGGGGUGCAGAUAAUCGAUCCCUGGCCCGUGGCAGGGAACAACUUUGCCGUGCAGGGAGGAGCAGCUCCCGGGAGGAGGAUGUGGAGUUAUCCCCACCCAGCCUCGGCGGGUCAAAUACAGCCAGAGGCAAAGGGGAUGGGGGACCCCUGGGCGCUUUCAGGGUGCUUGUUAGGGUGUUGUUGGCAAAAAAACUUGAGGAGAGCAGUGGCAUCACAGAGGACACCCCGUGGGACACAGCAAGGACGGACGGUCCGGAGCGCCGGGGAUAAGUCACUUGGCCAAGGUGACUUCGCAGCCGAGCCCCAGCUCCGAAGUCCCGGCUCCAGCCCCUGCCCUGCCCGCACCGGCGCUCCCGUGGCCAGCGCUUCUCUCUCCUGCGAGCACUGCGGCUGCACCCCGCUUUGCCCCGCUCCUGCGCUGCCCGGCCAGCGGGGACCGCGCUGCCUGCCUGCCCGGGACCGGGGGAUGGCCGCGGGGAGGCCAUGCACUGCUUCAGCGCCAGCACGCCCGCCGACAGGUUUGCACGUCCUCGCCAUCGCCUUCGCCUUGGAGGUGUCGGUGGGGAAGACCAACACGGUGACAGCUCUGAACAACUCCAACGUCCUGCUGCCCUGCGUCUUCUCCACCUGCAUAGGCUUCCAGGACCUGGUCUUCACAUGGUAUUUCAACUCGACAGAGCUGAUUUACCACGGCAAGAUCAAGAACAAAGCCUCGGAGCCCACCCGCAUCUGGCACAACCCGCGGGUGGAGUUUGUGGGCUCCACCACCAAGAAGGACAACAACAUCUCCAUCGUGCUGAACAACGUGGAGUUCAGCGAUGCCGGCAAGUACACCUGCCACGUCAAGAACCCCAAGGAGAGGAACGCCCAGCACAACGCCACCAUCUUCCUCACCGUGGUGCAUAAGAUGGUGGAGACAGACAACACCCUGACAAUCAUCAUCCUGAGCGUGGUGGGGGGGCUCAUCGGCCUCCUCAUCCUCUUCAUGCUCAUCAAGAGGGUGGUCCUGUUCAUCAUCAAGAAGACCCAGGAUGGGAAGAAGGAGUGUCUGGUGAGCUCGUCAGGGAACGACAACACCGAGAACGGCCUGGCCGGCUCCAAGGCGGAACAAAAAGCACCACCAAAGGCAUGAACGAGCAGCCCCGCGCCCGCCUCGCCCCGCCGCGGGAGCCCGGGCACGGGACGAGCCUUCCCCUUUUGUUUUCUUUCCGAACUGCCAGCGCUUGAGACAUGUUUCUAUUACACACGUGCCUGCAACCUGCACUGCUUCUCGGACAGGGCUGCGGCUGCCGGGGGGACUGGGAGCUUCUCGCGGACUCGGGCUGGGAGGCUGCUGGGGCGCAGGGAGCCGCCGGCUCCGCUCUGAGCACAGGCAGGGCAGGGCAGGGCAGGGCAGGGCCGGUGGGUGCCGGGGCUGGGUGCUGGGUACCCGGAGGGUGGGGUGGCACGCUGGGUGCUGAGCUGAGAUGACUGGCAGCCUCCUGCUGCAUCCAGGAGGUGUUUCCGGGCAGGGAUGCUCAGCUCAGAGCUGGCCGUGCAGGUGGAGUGGCGCAGGGGGAAGCAGGGCUGUGAUAAGCACACUGGAGAACCAAACCAGAGACAGGCCCCUGGCUGUGCCUCGGUGCCUCCCACAGCAGGGCUGGCCCGGCUGGCCGUGUCCCAGGGCCACUGCUGGCCCGUAUGGGGUGAGGUCCCGCAUUUCACCCCGGCUUUGUCCCCGCCAUCCCUGGGAGCAUCCCCAGGCAGCCGUCCCGGGAGCUCUCCCUGGCUUUGUGCUGCCCCCUCCCCUCUCUCUGGGGCUCGGCACUCGGAGCAGCGAUGCUUUUGAUGCUGAGCUCGUUCCGUGCGUGAUUUUGUAGGAGAUUCCAGGGGAAAGCAGCCAGUUGCGUUUCCCUUGGCCAUGGCCGUGCAGGGAGGGAGCACAGCCCAGCCCUGGCGAGGGGAGCCGGGCCAGGGCUGUGCCACCAGCCCGCUGGGCAACCCUGGGCAAGUUGCUCUGGCUCUCCAUGCCUCAGUUUCCCCAUCUGUAAAAUGGGGACAAUAAUACUGCUCUACCUCACGGGGUGGGUGUGAGGUGUCCUUGGCUUUGGUGGUGAAGUGCUUGGGGAUGAGGGGUGCUCAGAAAGCCAGGGGGUCUCUGUCAGGGGACUCACAAGGAUGUGAGACACAAAGUCAGCGAGCUACAACUGAGGUUGACAAUCUCCUUUAAAACGUGAUUUGUUCCCUAUUUCUCCAAUCAGCAGGUGUCUGACAGUGAGGCUGCAGGACAGGCAGCUCCCCUGUCCCCACAGUAAAUUGGGAUUCACAGCUGAGCCGUGACUUGCUGUGGGGGUUUGUGCCCUGGCAGAGGGGCUGGAGUGGGAGGCAGGCGAGGAUUUAAUGGCCAGGGUGAACAAGGAAAGGCUGGGUGCUGCUUUCUCUGGAGAUGCUGGUGCACAGCAGGCUGGUGACCCCAGGCUGGGCUCGGGGGCACUCAUUGGAGCAGGGCUGUGUGCUCGGCACAGGGGACAGGAACUGGCACCUGGCCCCAGGCAGGUUCCCUUGGCAAGUGGGAGUCUUGAUCUCCUCUCCGAGGGUCUGUGGGACCCCCAGGCCAAUCAGUUGACCUCUCUGUGCCUCAGUGUCCCCAUGUGUGAGCUGGGGACAGUGAGUGAGAGCCACCUCUCCAGAGCUGUGAGGUGCCCUGCACGGCUCUGCCACCCCCCCAGGGUGGAAGGCGCUCUGGUGCCAGGUGUUGUGACACUGCCACCAACACCUGGGAGAGCCCAGGAGGAGGCCUGAGACCUCCCAGUCACCCCGAGAGACCCCCAGCCCGUCCUUGGAGGAGCCCUCCUGUGGGGGAGGACAGCGAGGCGAGGAAGGGAGUUUUUUAAAGAACUAUUUUUAGCUGUCCUAACUUGUUGGCCUUUUUUAGGCGGCGCGUGGACUCAGCUCCACUCGCUGCCGGAUAUGCAAUGCUGCACUAUGCAUGGAUUACUCCUCUGGCUUGAUGGGAAAAGUCCACACAAGCGGUGUUAGGAAUGUAACUCCAUGUGCACACGGCUGCCCCGGGGGAGCGGGGCUUGUGCCAGCACCAGCGGGGUCCCUGCUGUCACCGGGGCUUUGGGGGGGCUGCCGAGGCUUUCUGGGGCUUUUUGGGGAGGGGGUGUGUGCUGCCACAGACACGUGUGUGUCCAAGCAAAUGUGAAGCUGCGUGGGGGGAUCCUGCGUGUAAGCACAGGGGCUGUGUGAUGACUUACAGCACAUCUUUGCACUCUAGAGGUUUAGUUAGCUUUGCCUUGAAUGAAAUAAAGUUUACGUUUACUAGA